UUCCAGACCGACAACAGCUCUCAAUAUGAAGGUGUGUGCGUUGCUGCUGGCCGCUGUGGCGUACGCCGUUGCCGAGCCGCCGGUGGACCGGUCCUACCUGCCGCCCAGCAGCCAGUACGGCGCGCCGGCUCCCGGCAUGCAGUUCGGCGCUCGGUCGCCCAGCGCGCAGUACGGAGCCCCAGCCGUGGGCGCCGCGUCGUUCGGCCGCUCCAGCGCGGGCCCCGCCGCGCGCGUCUCAUCCAGCUUCGGGUCGGCGUCCUCCAGGAGGUUCGGCGGCGCCGGCAGGAGGUUCGGAUCGGCCGCUGCCGGAGGCCUGUCGACCCAGUACGGCGUUCCGUCCGCUGGCGCCGGUUUCGGCCUUUCCAGCCAGUCGUACUCCAGCGGCGCCCUCUCCGCGCAGUACGGAGCUCCCUCGGUGGACUCUGGCUUUGGGCGAUCCGCUGGCCCUUCUCCAGUAUACGGUGUGCCUGGCUACGGUCGUACUGGUGCCCAGGAGGACGACCUUGCUGAACCGGCCAACUACGAGUUCAGCUACUCGGUGGAGGACGCCAACACGCUGAGUGACUUUGGACAAGAGGAGUCCAGGCAGGGGGAGAGCGCCCAGGGCCAGUACCGAGUGCUACUGCCUGACGGCCGCAAGCAGAUCGUCACCUACCAGGCCGACGAGGGCGGCUACAGGCCCACCAUAGAGUACGAGGACACUGGACUCACCGCCUACUCCGCCGGUGGAUACGGCUAUGGCAGAGGGCGCGGCGGAGCUGGAGCUGGAGCAGCUGCCGGAGACGGAAACGAUGGAUACCACUACUGACCAACUACUGGACUGUUAAGCUGCAACUUAACGAUGCUGCAAAUAAAUACAAAGUGUACAAAUACUACUUACUGUAGACCAAAUAACAGGCAUGCUCACAAUUAUUUAUGACGAACGAAUGCUGUUAAGUGGCCAAGUGUUAGCAUGAGUCUGGUGUGUGUGUUAGUAUAAGGCAACACUUUUUUACUGUAUUUUUUAAAUUUUGCAUAUGAAAUGGAAUAAAGAAAAGUGCAAUUUA